AUGUCAUGCCUAAAAAGGCAUAAAACUUUGUUCGAAAAGGAAAAAUUUGUGACUCAUGAACAUUUUAAAUCGAUUGAGUUUGAGGAAUUCUGGUAUCAAUGGAAUAGCUCAACUAUACAUUUUAGCUUUAAUGAAUCAUAUUUGUCGUCUAUGAAUUCUGAAAUCUACGAGGGAAAAGACAUUAAAGAGUGGGCAUCUCAUCUGAGUAAUAAUGUUAGUGACCUGCAAAUCAUUAGUUGGGAUAAGCUAUACCCAUUGUAUGAGUUGCUAGAUGAUGAUUUGAAACAAAAAGUCAAAGCUAUUUUUGGGAUUAAUAACCUAACAAAAAGCACCAAAAUUGAGGAAAAGGUGCUAAUGUCAGGUGUUAUUAAAAUUACAGAUUCUUUCUUCUAUAUUGUAAAAUUUCCUUAUGAACUAAACUCUAUAGAUUAUCAUAUUUUCGGAAGAUUAAUAACUCAAGAAGGGAAACCAAUUGACGCGAUUAUAAAAUUUAAGGCUAUGACUACACAUAGUUUCAUAGUGUGGAUUGAUAUUGAUAAAACAGUUAAGUCCAUACAUUCGAAUCUACAGAUUUUUUGGAUCAUGACCGGGCUACCCGAAAUUGGUUUCUAUAGUCCAUCUACUAGAGAUGUCACCACACUAGCAUCAGGUAGUUUCGAAUUUGCGUAUGCAAGGAAGUUGGAAAUUAUAUUACGAUUACCAGAAAAUAUACCAACAAAUUGGAUUUUAUGUACCUCUUUCCAAUAUUUCGAUUGUAUUCCGAGUUUCACGGCUACUACUAUUCAGUACGAUAAAGAUAGUAAUCAAAUCAAUGUUACUAUUCAAGAUGAUUCUGAUGUACAUAUUAGCAAGUUUGAUCAAAUUAAAAAAUAUUAUUGCUUCCAUUGGUGUAUUAUUUCCGAAGACCAUGAAAUUUUACCCGAUGUUCUUAAAAGUCGAGAGGCUUUAACAGGCGUUACUGAAAAUCAUGAUAUGCCUCCCGAAAAUUUGGAUGAUAUUUCUAAUAGUAAAGAGAUCUCAGCUGAUAUUCUUCCGGGAAAAAGAUAUAAUUUGAAUUCGAUAGGUCAAGACGUUUACGAGAAACCUAAAGAACCUGAAUAUGGGGUGCUAUCGCAAUUGUUCAUGAUACAUUAUCAAAAUAAUAUUGUAAGGUCAUAA